AUGGAAUUCAAAACUCUACUUUGUAACCUUCGUGAGGAGGUGUCUUGUUCAGUUUGCUCGAACAUCUUCACCGAUCCAAAACAGCUUUUGUGUUUACACAGUUUCUGCCUUAGCUGCUUACAGCAAUUGCACGGAAGAAGAAGCGAUGGAAAACAAGGCAGGCAUGGCGGAGACACGAUCAAAUGUCCGAAGUGUCUAGCAAUUAGCAAAGUGCCCAGAAGUGGCAAUCUGAAAGAUCUGCCGACGAGUUUUUAUUUAAACGGCUUGAUUGAUGUACUGGCCAUAAAAGAGUGCAAGAACAGCCAUGUAACGUGUGGAAAUUGCGAGAAGAAAUGCUCCGAAAGUUCUUAUUGUUUUCAGUGUUGUUUGUUUUACUGCGCCAAGUGCGAAGAUGCACACAACAUCAUGCGAAGUAAUAAGUAUCACCGCGUCAUGUCGCUGAAAGAGUUUCAAGACAAGGACUACGAGGAUGUGUUAAAACGGCCUGUAUUUUGUCCCGAACCACGACACAAGAACGAAGAACUGAAAUAUUACUGCAAGAACUGUAAAACAGCUGUUUGUCAAACCUGCGUGACUUUAAACCAUAAUGGCCACGCUUUUGAUCACAUAGAUGAUGAGGCCGAAAAACAAAGGGCCGAUAUUGAAGCCCUGAUUGAACAGCAAAAAAGCGAUUUGCAAGCAAAGCGAAACACGGUGAAGAAACUUGAGGCAGACUGCGAUAAACUGGUACAAAAAGGAACAACUGUUGCUAAGGAAAUAGAAGCGUUAGCAAACAAUUUGAUGAAGCUUAUAGAAUUGAAAAAGACAGAAAUGUUGAAAGAGGCAGAAGAACAGACAAGCAAAUCAGUCAGCAGUUUUAAAGAAGAAAUUGCUGAUAAUACCAAACACAUAAAAUUUAUGGAAUCAUGUCUAGGACAAGUUGAAAAACUUUUAUUAACAAGUACAAACACUGAGGUUGUUCAAUUGAGGAAGUCAAUAGAGACAAUCUUCAAGGGAUUUCCUAAGACUACCCAAGAGAAACACCUUUCAGAGUUUGGUUUUGUGGAAAAUAAAAAGCUUCUAAAUACUGUUCAAGCCGAAGAAAUCGGUUCUUUUAAUUGGAGUGUUCCAAGACAACCAGCUCGAGAAAGCCAUUCUGUACAUUGGAGGACGCCAAGUCAGCCACCUCGCCAGGCCUUCCCACCGAGCUUAAGUAAGAGCGACUUUGAGAGGCAAAGGAAGUUACACCAGACGAUGUCUCCUCGAUAUUUUUAG